AUGCCUCGAUUCGACGAGUGGCAAGCAGCUCCCGAGGCGGCGCGGAUUGCUCUGUCCCGGCAACUGCUGCGAGACAACGCCCACAUCGCCGCUUACCACUUCCAUAAGCGCUAUACACUGCUUAGGGCUAUUGUCCUGAAGCGGAAGUUCAACCUAACGGACUUUUGGGGUCGGUACGAGUGGGGCGCGCGGAACGAUGGCCAGAUUAACCACUAUAACCGCUUGCUUACCGUUGCGUGGCUAGCCAAUACAGAUGUCUCGCCCUGCACGAGUCUACAGCAGGUGAUCGACUACGCAGCAAAAUACUGCUCCAAGUCAGAAAAGAAGAGCGAUUCUUUUGCCCAGAUUGGGAAGGCCCUGAUGCCCCGGGUUAAGGACCACAACCCCCUGAUUUCCUUUACGUCAAAGCUACUAAAUCAGCUAGUUUCUGAGCGGGAUUACUCGAAGCAGGAGGUUUGCCACUUGCUCCUCGGCCUGCCGUUACAGGAGGGUUCACGUACCUGCCUAUACGUUGACUGCCAUAAUUCUGAUAGGCAUUCCCGCUACCUCCGCAUUGACGGCGAUGAGGUUGAUGAGGCACCCAACGUCUACGAGAAGUACAGUCAACGCCCAGAAGCUCUAACGGACCUCACUUACGUCUCCUUCCUCAAAUUCUGGAAUUUCCGCUCUAGAGACCCUUCCAAGUGGAAGCAAUGGCAGCCAGGCAACGUCCACGGCAGGCCCCGCCAGCAGUGGCCAGACUACUGCCGUGCCUUCUCCUAUUGUUGGCAGCAUCACAGUCACGAUGAUGACCAUUACGGCCAGCCAAGUGAGGCUCGAUUACAGCCUCAAGAGGAUCAAUACGAGGCUCUGCCUGUGGAGGAAGAAUUUGAUGACGAAGACUGGAUUCGCCUGGCUGCCCAUUUUACCUGA